CACUUUUUUAUACUCUAUUCCCCGUGAAAUAAUCUUGAUGAGCUCUCAGUUCCAACCGAUUUGAAUAGAUUUCGUGGCUGUGUUGGCUAACACCUUUUGACCUACUUUAUAAAGACUUGAAUUCAUCGUAAGGUGAAAACCACAGACUUAGUAUACAGGCGUUGGCUAGCGGCUAUGUUUCUUGACCUGAAGGCGUCAUUCAACUCCGUGGAUCCAGAAGUUUCAUAGCGGAGUAGUGCCCAGUAAAUACUUCAAGUUAGUAAAGGUCUUAUACUUGGACAACCUUGAUCGUGUUGAAGACUGCGGUGAAGUAUAUUGCCUCCACACAUCCAAAGAUAUCCGAUAUAAUAUGUGAAUUAGAUCAAGUGAUUAUCAAUUUAUUGCAAAGAAAUGAACAAUUAUGGAAAUUUUUUGGAUGUCAGCUGGCUAGUUAUCUUUUUUGUUUACAUUGUCGAUUAAUAACAACAAUGAGCCAUUUAUAUACUCUAUCGAAUCGAAAAAAAGUUGUCUACUCUGGAGUUUUUGAUUCACUUCAACAAUCUAUCCGUUUUCGGGUUUACUGUCAUCUUUUUAUUCAAUGCUAUAAUAACUUAAAGCAAAAUCGUACCUUCAAGAUUUUAUCGAAGAAUCGAGCAAAUUUAAUUCUCGUUACUAUGAUGUAUCUUAAAGAUAAUCAAUACACAUGUUCAUUGAGUUAUUCACGAGGAAGUCAUCCAUGGCUGUAUUGUUUCCCGUAUUUUACGAAUGAAAGUACUCACUUUCAUAUUCCUUGCAAGGGUUAUUACCUGAAGGAGUUAAUUGAUUUUCAUCCUGUAUCAUACAGUUUUGAUUCAAGUUUAUUCAGUGUUAUCAAAGAGUCGCUAGUAUAUCCUUGUACAAUGAAAAAUAUGAUUGUAAAUAAUAAGGUUAUAUCAAAUAAUAAGUGGUCUGAGAAAUACCGGAAGAAUUGUACAGAGUUGGAGAUUUUACAAGGUUCUUCCGUUGGUGGUUAUAUUCCAGCUUGGUUCCAAGAGGAGCAUGAUGAUCGAGUAUUGGGUCAUGGUUUGAUAGAUGAAGGACUAAUUCUACUAGAUGAAUUAAUGGAACAUCCAAAUGAAGAGACAUUAAGUAGUUUGUACUACUUUCUGCGUAGUUUACGUGUUCUUCUAGAGACAAAACAACCUGGUUUUUUCAUAUCAUAUUCCGGUGUGAAACAUCAUUCUUCAGGCUGGAAACUGGAUAUAAAUAAUAUCACACCAGAUCUAUCUGCAUCAUUGGAACGUUUCUUGAUAAAAUUUUAUUCACUAUAUCCAUUACAAUUAUCCACUAACUCAUCGUCUUUAACAACAUCAUUUACACAAAUUAAUAAUCAUAAACAGAAAGGGAAUAAUAAAUAUUCAUUCCUGUUAACUUCAUCCAAUGGACAGAAAUCUGUUAAUUUGACAAGAAAACAAUUUAAACAAGAACGUAAACGAAGAAAUAAACAGUUGAAACGUCAUAUGACAAGUGUUGCUGGUGCUUCUACUGACUCUUGUCCUAAUAAUGGUCCGUCAACUAUAACAAUCAGUUCAGCUGACUCUUCGAUCAAUGUAAAUCAUAAUCCCUCUAUAAAGGUUAAUUCAAACAAUCAAGUUUUAUAUUGGAUUCAUCUAAUCAACCAAUCAGCUUUCGAGUUGUUUACAUACAUUGAAUACUAUUCAAUUAGAUGUUUAGAAGUAAAUUGCCGAUCUCCGUUUUCAUGGCCACCGCCUGAAGAUACACAGGAACGUUUAGUUAAGAUUUUAUUUGAUCAAUUAUCUCAAAUGACAUUAAUGUCGACUACACAACUAGCAAACAUUCAUUAUGAUAUUAGUUGUUGGCUUCGUGCAUUCGAUUUGUACUUAUUGGCACCUUAUCGUUUCAAAUGGAAUGUAGAUAAAUCAACUCGAUUAUUUAUUCCAUUGGUGUUAGUUUUCUUGGGAAAAUUAUUUCAUCAACUUACUAUCAAUAUUGUUGAUAAAGAUAAACCACUUAGUAAACGACAACAUUAUUUAAUUGGUCGUUGUACUGGUUUAUUAACUACCUUCUUAACAAAAGAUCUUUUACUUAGUAUGAUGGAAUAUAACAAAAUUGAAUCAAAAUUGAAUGAUGAUGAUGAUGAUGAUGAUAUGAAUGAAUCUAUCAAUGAAGAUUUUCAAGUCAAUUGUCAAGGUGUAGACUAUGAUGAAAUGUGGAUAUGUCAUUCAUACUCUUUAUUUGUCUAA